AUGGGUAAACAAGCCCCAAUUAAGACCUGUCCUUGCUGUCAAGGAGAACAUAGGCUUUCAGACUGUGCAAAUUUCAAGGGAAGGGACUUACCCGGCCGUUGGCGACUGGUAAAGGAGAAGAGAUUGUGUCAUAUAUGCCUUAGGCCAGGACAUAUGAGGGACAGAUGCCAUACAACCAUUUUUGUAACUGCAAAAGUGAGCGAAAACACCACACCUUGUUACAUAACCCCCCUAGAGCUAAAGAUGACCCUCCCAAAGAACUUAACUCGAGCGCAGGGGAGGGGACGACCGAGGGACCCCCUAGAAGAGACCAUGCUCAGGGCACCCGGGGUGGGGAGCCACACAGGCAAACCGAGCAAUACGCAACAUUUUCUGAAAGAGCCACAAAAACGGUGUUACUACAUGUUGUACCAGUUAAAUUGAUUGCCCCAAAUGGGAACUCUCUGACAACGUAUGGGCUACUGGAUAAUGGCUCAAGAGGAACUAUGAUAAGCUCGGAGGUUUCAGCGAAACUCGAACUUAAAGGUCAUACUGAGGAAAUAUCCAUCACCACCAUGAUGGGAAGUAGUAAGGAACAGAUAGAGGUUGUGGAGUUUGAACUGCAACACGCAAGUGGUGAAGGGGAUAGAAUUCCCGUAACUGAGGGUUUGGUAACGAAGAAAUUCAAUGUCAACGAAAAGUGUCUUCCUAAAGAUAUUGACAGAGAGGCACACCCGCAUCUGAGGGAUAUUGAGAUUCCCUCGGUAGACAUGCCUAAGGUUUCGGUUCUGAUAGGAAAGGACGUUGGCUAUGCGCAUGAGGUGUUUGAAGUGCGUAGACCAGCGACGAAAGCCAGUGAUUUGAAGGCUUUGAGAGGUCCUCUUGGAUGGGUAAUUACAGGAACCCUUCAAGGGGAGACCUCAUGCAAGGAAGUAAACCUGAACUUUGCUGAUUAUAAGAAAGAACUUCAGCAUCAGAUUGAGCGGUUCUGGGAUUUGGAGAGUUUCGGUACAAAGAGUGUUGGUACGGACAAGGGAUCCCCAAGUUUUAUAUCGCACCAUCUGUCCAGGGAAGACAGGAAGGCUAUCGAUAAGUUGGAGAAGACCAUUACUAAGCGUGAUGGUCACUAUGAAACAGGCCUCCUGUGGCGGGAUGAUGAUGUGACCCUACCUAAUAACCGGAAUGAAGCCGAUAAAAGACUGAAUAGUCUGAAGCGUAAGUUUUCACGAGAGCCUGGAUUGGAGGAGAAGUAUCGAGCAGCCAUGGAGAAGUAUAUCACUAAAGGGCAUGCACGCAAACUCAGCCCAGAAGAAGCACAAGAGACUGGACCGAGAACUUGGUACUUACCUCAUUUUGCAGUGACGAAUAUCAACAAACCUGGUAAGCUGAGGAUAAUUUUUGAUGCUGCAUCAGAGUACCAAGGUACUUCGUUGAAUAAGAACUUGUUACAUGGACCUGAUUGUACAAACAGCCUGACUGGGGUGCUCCUACGGUUCAGGGAGGACAAUGUUGCAUUGGUAGCUGAUAUAGAAGGGAUGUUCCUUCAGGUCGGAGUUAGAGAAGAAGACCAAGAUUCUCUGCGAUUUCUUUGGUGGGACAAAAGCUCUGAUGACCCUCCCGAAGAAUAUGCCAUGAACGUGCAUGUCUUUGGGGCAACCGACUCGCCUUGUGCAGCCAACUGGACACUCAAGAAAACUACAACUGACAAUGCUGGUGACUUUGGAGAUACCACCAUCGAAACUGUCCUGCAUAAUUUUUAUGUGGAUGAUGUACUAAAAAGCGUAGGCACGAGUGCGAGUGCAGUCACGCUUGCGAACGAGUUAACCGAACUUUGUGGUAGAGGAGGGUUCAACCUCACAAAGUUUAUGAGUAACAGUAGGGAGGUCCUUGCUGAAGUGCCUAUCGAGAAGAGGGCAGCACCAACGCUUGAUUUAGAUCUUGAUGAACUCCCAGUCGAGCGGGCACUUGGAGUUAGAUGGAACGUGGAGACAGACACCUUCGGGUUCAAGGUGAGCAACACUGAGAAGGCUGAUACUAUGAGAGGAGUACUAUCGACAAUCAGCUCUGUCUUUGACCCUUUGAACUUUGCUGCACCAGUGAUAAUGCGUGGCAAGCAGAUCAUGCAAGCCCUAUGGAGGCGGAAGGCACCAUGGGACGAGCCGCUCAGUGGAGACAUUCUGCGUCAGUGGCAGACAUGGAAAAGGGAACUUGUACGGCUUGAAGAUUUGUCCAUCCCCCGAUGCUACUUCAGCAGGCCAGACCAUGAAGGUGUUGGACUACAACUCCAUCACUUUAGUGAUGCCUCGGAGGCAGGAUACGGGUCAGUAAGCUACUUACGAAUCGAGUACCCGGACGGAAUGGUGGAGUGUGCUUUCGUCGCCGGAAAGUCAAGGAAUGCACCUAUUAAAGGCUCAACCAUCCCAAGGCUGGAGCUACAAAGAGCCCUACUGGCAACACGGGUGGACCAAGCAGUUCGCCGAGAACUGGACCUGAAGCCUGACAGAGUAGUGUUUUGGACUGAUUCGAUGAUAACACUUAACUAUAUCAAUAAUGAAACCCGCAGAUUCCAGACGUAUGUAGCCAACAGGGUUACAGAGAUUCGCGAAGCGACUAAUCCUGACCAAUGGCGACACUGUCCGGGAAAACUAAAUCCUUCCGACGAAGUAAGUCGAGGUCUAACCAUAGAUGAGUUUCUCCGGGAUGAGCGAUGGCUUAAUGGUCCGAGUUUCUUGAGAGAGUCAGAAGAUCAAUGGCCAGAUAAUAAAUUUGAUGCCCUGUCUGAAGAAAGUCUGGAGAUAAAGAAAGAAGUGUUCUUCACUGACCUGGAGCCAGGAGAUGGCCUGGAAAAGCUUCUAACCGACACUUCUGAUUGGAUGAAGACCAUUCGAAAGGUUGCGUGGGUAAUGAAGUUUGUGGAGUGGUUGAAGACAAGAAAGCAUGCAAAGCCUACUGAAAAGACACCUGGAGAGUCAGAGAACAAGCUAAGUCCAGACGACAUAGAACGCGCCAAGCGACGAAUAGCUGUACUAGUACAGCGGGAAAGUUUCCCUGAAGAAGUGAAGGCUCUGAAGGCAGGAAAGGAGGUGAAUGUUGCUAGUGCUAUCUUGAAGCUUAAGCCGGUCAUGAAAGGCGAUGAAGUUAUGAGAGUUGGAGGAAGGAUCUCGAUGGCACCGAUGAGUGAUGAUGCCAAGAAUCCCAUGAUAUUGCCGAAACAGAGUCAUAUCACUACUAUCUUGAUCCGCCACCUACACGAAAGCAACGGUCAUUGUGGCGUGGAACAAGUACUAUCCCUGCUGAGAGAGCAGUUUUGGAUUGUGAAAGCGAGAGUGGCCAUCAAGGCUGUUCUUGGAAGAUGCAUUCAUUGUCGCAAGCAAAGAAGAACUACUUUGAAGCAAGAGAUGGGAGAUCUACCUAGAAUUCGGAUGAUCCCUUACGAGCCACCCUUUACGUAUACAGGUAUUGACUAUUUUGGACCGCUAUAUGUUAAGCGGGGAAGAGGAAGAGUGACUGAGAAGCGCUGGGGAGCUAUCUUUGUUUGCAUGAACUCCCGAGCAGUUCAUCUCGAGUUAGCUAAGUCGCUAGAGACGGAUGAUUUCAUACUCGCUCUGAUGAGGUUCCUGAAUCGCAGGGGCCAUGUUGUGGAACUGUGGUCGGAUAACGGGUCCAAUUUUGUGGGAGCUGAUCGGGAGAUACGUGAACAUCUGGAAGGAAUGGAUCAUGACAAGAUCGGACGUGAGUGUUCUGCGAAAGGAUGCAAGUGGAUCUUUAAUCCACCUGGAGCCACCCACAUGUCAGGCGUGUGGGAGAGGAUGGUGAGAGUCGUCAAGCGAAGUCUGAAGGCGAUCCUGGGGAAGAACCCCCUCAACGAUGAAGUGCUGACCACCGUGUUUACUGAGGCAGAACGUAUCGCGAAUUCAAGACCGCUAACCCGGAAUCCAGAGAAUCCUGAUGAUGAGGAUCCUCUUACGCCCAAUCACUUUCUGAACGUGCGACCUACGAUGAAUCUUCCUACGGAUACGGAUGAACGGGCAGAUAAGUACAGUCGGAAGCGGUGGAGACAAGCGCAAUUACUUGCUAACCACUACUGGCGUCGCUGGUUGAAAGAGUACAUUCCUUCCUUGCAAGUUCGAAGCAAGUGGAACAGGAAACAGCGAAACCUACACGUCGGAGAUAUAGUGCUCGUUGCGGACGACAACGUUGGACGAAACAACUGGCCUCUUGCGCGCGUGAUUAAUGUGUUUCCUGGCGUGGAUGGAUUGGUAAGGAGUGCAGAGGUGCGCGGUAAAGGGACGACCUACAAGCGCCCGGUAACCAAGUUGUGUCUGCUGGAAGCCGAGGAUGAGGAUGUCUAGAUACGGAUCGGAUUGGAGACUCAAGGGACAGACGUAGAUAGUGUAAUAUAGAACGGACAUUAGCGUUAUGACAAUACGUUUAUAGUUAUGAACCUCCUCCGCAGGAGUUCAUGGGGGGCGGGAUGUUGUCGCCAUUAUCCGGGCUCCCUGUGUUAGAGACCUGGUUCCGAGCUUUGCGCGGUCGCAUAGCCUCGUGCAAAACGUUUUCAGUUCGUCGAGAAUUUCCUGGAGUUUUUUAUUGGAGUUUUUGACCUGAAUCUAAUGAAUAUUGUAUGGAUUUGUUUUUGGAUGGAUUCCGCACCCGUCGAAUCUCGUGGUAAUUCGUGAUAAUUUUGAAGUUGAAACUCGUGUAGAACUUUACCCGUGAAUAUCGACAAGUGGAAAAUAAAAGUUGUGUUCAUAUCCA